AUGACCUUCCAAGACCACGAGCUGGUUCAGUUCAUGCUGACCGAAACCGAAAUACAGGACCUGUUUUCCCUCAUUAACCACCAUCCGGGCAGCCCCCCUAGUAGCUCCGGCUCGCAGGGGUCGAACCGGUCGGUUUACUCGAGCGAGGAAAGAAAGCUGAGGCGCAUGCAGUCAAACCGGGAAUCGGCCCGAAGGUCCCGCGGCAGGAAAAAAAAGCACAUGGAGAAUCUGACGGUCCAAUUGAACCGGUUGAGACUCGAAAAUCGAGAACUGAAGAACCAGCUACUCGUGACCAUGCACCAGCAUCUUCUACUCUCCCUUGAGAAUGAGAAGCUAUGUUCCGAAUCCAUUGCACUUAGCGCCACACUUUCCGAUCUUUGCCAGAUUUUGCGCACCAUUCUUCCACAAUAA